GCUGUCCGAACCGAUUUGUUAUAUUUGUUUAUAUCUAAUAUUGGUCUUGCUGUGGGAUGUCUCUCUCAUCGAAAGUCUCAUCUAAUGGCUCGAACUCGGCGUUCAAUGACAAGAGGAAACCCAUGGAGGUCCGAUUAUCCAACAUGACUGCCGCGAAAGCCAUAAGUGAUGCCGUCCGCACUUCCUUGGGGCCGAGAGGGAUGGACAAAAUGAUACAAACCGCUCAAGGAGAGGUGAUUGUCACCAAUGAUGGUGCUACAAUAUUAAAACACAUGGCGGUAUUGCAUCCUGCAGCAAAAAUGCUUGUUGAUUUGUCUGCAGCACAAGAUGUGGAGGCUGGUGAUGGCACGACGUCCGUCGUUGUACUCGCCGGCAGUCUACUGAGCGCCGCAGAAAAAAUGCUCGCCAAAGGGAUACAUCCUUCGAUCAUUGCUGAAUCAUUCAUCAAGGCGUCCCUGAGAGGUGUACAAUAUCUUGAUGAAAUUGCGACUCCUGUGGACCUUAAAGACAAAGGGAGUCUGCUCCGGGCUGCAACCACCAGCCUCAACUCGAAGAUUGUAUCCCAGUACUCUUCAAUCCUCGCCCCGAUCGCGGUCUCUGCUGUAACUCGACUGACUACUCCGACAUCGUCUAAUGUCGACCUUCGUGAUAUAAGAAUUGUUAAAAAAGUCGGCGGUACCAUAGAAGACACCGAACUCAUUGAUGGAGUUGUCCUUAAUCAAUUGGUGAUCUCCAGUGCUGGCGGUCCAACAAGAAUGGAAAAGGCCAAAAUUGGUUUAAUCCAAUUUCAGGUCAGCCCGCCUAAACCUGAUAUGGACAACCAAAUUGUUGUCAAUGAUUACCGACAAAUGGAUAAAAUACUCAAAGAAGAGCGCGAAUAUUUACUUCGGCUCUGCAAGAGGAUAAAGAAAACAGGAUGUAAUGCUCUCCUGAUCCAGAAAUCCAUCUUGCGAGAUGCAGUAACAGACUUAUCCUUGCAUUUUCUGGCAAAAUUGAAGAUUCUCGUGAUAAAGGACAUCGAACGUGACGAGAUCGAGUUUCUCUCCAGAAGUACUGGGGCACGCCCUAUAGCAGACAUUGAAGCCUUUAGCGAAGAUAAACUUGGGUUUGCGGAACUUGUGGAGGAGACACAGAAAGCCGAAGCACGUGUAGUCAAAAUAACAGGUGUCAAGAAUCCCGGCCGUACAGUUUCAAUUCUAUGCAUGGGUAGCAAUAAUGUGGUGCUUGAGGAAACUGAGAGGAGCUUACACGAUUCACUCUGUGUUGUUCGAUGUCUCGUCAAAAGACGUGCCUUGAUAGCGGGAGGGGGCGUCCCCGAAAUACACACAUCACGUAUGCUUUCCCAAUAUGCACAGACCCUCAGCGGUCUGGAAGCAUACUGUUUCCAGGCAUACGCAGACGCGUUGGAAGUCAUUCCAACAACCUUAGCCGAAAAUGCGGGCUUAAACUCGAUUGCCAUUGUUACCGAACUUCGUAAUCGGCACGCACUAGGUGAACAGACGGCGGGUAUUAACGUGCGCAAGGGACUGGUAUCCAACAUUUUGGAGGAAGAUGUGGUGCAACCCUUACUUGUUUCGACCAGCGCCCUCGAGCUGGCAACUGAGACGGUUGCACUGCUUCUGAAGGUUGACGAUUAUCACCUGACACGCUGAAGCUAGUUGGGGUUAUGACAGACGAGCGUGUUGACCUGACUGGGUGCGCAAUAUUGCAAUGAAGGAGCAGCAGGUUGGGAAAUUUUCUCAUUUGGUGAAAACUCAGAAAAGCAACAACGAUAUGACUUCAAAUUCAAUUCAUUUGUUCCAAGCCUCCUCCACCUUGUUAAUUGCGCCGCAUUGAGGA